GGCACAUUCUGGAAGAAGACGGCUACAUGAUGAAUCUCCUUCUACUCAUCCUAACAAUAGUCAGCCCAGCACACGCCUGGCAGUCAAUAGAGGACUGGGGCUCUGGCAGCGUUGACGGCUCUGUUGGCGAGUUUGGACAGUGCGUUUGUAAUGUUUUCCUGCCUGAUACUUCAUUCCCAGCAGACCGUGUGGAACACAUGCAGAUAUCCUCAAAUGAACUUUCUGUAGAGGUCAAGGUUCAAAUCAACAAGGUGGAAAGUCUCAAGGGUCAACUGGUCAUUCUCCUCAGCGAGCUCUCCAAUUUGACUGCACGUGUGGAGAUUCUGGAGAGCGGACCUGACAAGUACAUCAAACUGGAGUUUGAGCUCCUGAGGAUCGAGCUGAGAGAAUUUGAGGCUCUGGUCACACAACUGAAGACAUCACUGAAUAUCUCGUCACCAGCCAUUGACAGUCUUUACACAGAGAUUCGGAAUAUGAGUUUACUUGUUGACCAAUUGGAGAGCUACGACCAGAGCAACUUGGAAGUGAUUCGCAUUGAGUUCACCAAACUUCAAAAGAAACUGGAGAAAUGUCAGGAUGAUAAGGAUGACUUCUCCAAUGCACAAAUAGGAUCCUGUAAGCAUGGAGGUAUUCUGAGGAUUGGAAAACCGAUCAUCAACCAGCUGAACGCAGACCUGAAUGCAGGUUAUAAGUAUGGAGGAUGGGGUAAAGACUCCAAGCCCUUGCCUGGCUCUGAGAAUAUGAACUGGUACUCGGGCUUUUCCGACACUCUGGUCAGCAGAAUCACACUCUAUGAUGACUAUUAUAAACUGAUCAUGAGACAGGGUUUUAGUACACAUGAGUUAUACCUUGUAUAUAAAUAUGAUUGGCGAGGCACUGGAAACAAUUACAUAGUGCGGGCAAAUACCCUUUACUAUCAGUUCAGAAGUCCUUUUAGCAUGGCGAAGUACAACAUGACCAGCAAAACAGCCGAGUACAAGGUGGUUCCAGAGGCUACGACCCGAUUCUCAUACCACUACUCGCCCAAUCAGAACCUGGACUUUGCUGCCGAUGAGACUGGGAUGUGGGUAACUUAUGCCACAGAGGAGUCAAAUGGUAAACUAGUUUUGGGGAAGAUAGACGAGGAGUCGUUUGCAUUAGAGGAGGUUUGGCAGACGAGCGUAUACAAACAGUCUGUCACAAACGCCUUCAUGAUUUGUGGAGUCCUGCAUGCAACCAGAUCAGUAGAUACUCAAACGGAGGAGAUAUUCUACACUUUUGACACCAACAAAAAUAAGGAAAGUCAUGUUAGCAUUCACUUUGAGAAGUUCCAGGACUUCUAUGUGUACCUGGACUACAACCCCACCGAUCAGAAGCUUUACAUGUACAACAAUGGUUAUUAUGUGAGUUACAAUGUGAAAUUCAGAGAUGCCUAGAUAAUCUACUGCUUUCAAAAUUGGUUUUUGAUUUAAUGACAAUUUCAUACUUGAAAUAUUGAAAUUGAAUAUGAGAACUCAGCAAUAAAA